AUGAAAUUCCAUGAUUAUCCAGUUACGCAAGAUUAUCGAAUUAGUAGAAAAGUGAGUUUUUUUCAGAAAUUUUGAAAACGAAAAAUAAAAUUCAGGUUCUUGGCGUUGGUAUAAAUGGAAAGGUUGUGGAGUGUGAAAAUCGUGUCACCAAUGAAAAAUUUGCGCUGAAAGUCUUGCGAGACACUGAAAAAGCGAGACGAGAAGUCGAAUUACACGCUUUGGCAUCUUGUCAUCCGCAUAUCGUUGAAGUGAAAGCGGUUUAUAAAAAUGCAUAUAACAAUGUUGAUUGCCUUUUGGUUGUUAUGGAAAAUAUGAAAGGAGGCGAAUUGUUCAAUCGAAUUCAAGAACGAGGACAAAAAGCAUUUACCGAAAGAGAAGCUGCUGGAAUUGUUUAUGAAAUUUGUUCGGCUGUUCAACAUUUGCAUCGAAUGUCAAUUGCGCAUAGAGAUUUGAAACCUGAGAAUUUGUUAUAUGCGUAAGUAGUUUUGACAUAUUUUGGUUGAAAAUUGAAACUUUUGUGAUGACUUUAUAAACUAUAAAAUAACGUUCACAAAAUGUUAAAAUGACACAUUUCUCGUCACCUUAUUUUCAACUCUCCAUUUCCAUUUUUUGCAGCACAACUUCAAAUGAUUCGCCACUCAAACUCACCGAUUUCGGUUUUGCCAAAAAGACUGAUGAAUCAGAACCAUCUGGUCUUCAAACCGCCUGCUUCACUCCAUAUUAUUGUGCUCCAGAAGUUCUCGGAAGUGAAAAAUAUGACAAAUCGUGUGAUUGUUGGUCGAUUGGAGUUAUUAUGUAUAUUUUGUAAGUUUUUUUUCGUGCAUAAAAUUCGAGAUCCUUUCAAAAAUUGUGGGAUAUCAUGAAAAAAUACAAAAUUUCGCUUUUUGGAAAGAAAAUUAGUUUAACAUUCCCGAAGUCAAAGUAAAAAAAACUAUAGAAUUAUGAUGUUUGGUUUCCAGAUUAUUUUGCAAAAAAUUCUAGUUUAUGCAAAUGAUUCUCUCAAAAUGUGAUCUCACAAAACAAUAUUUUAGGACCUAAUUUUUUCCCCAUUGAUGAACAAUUUGGCUCCAUCCUAAUUUCCAAAAUAAUAUAAGGACCUGAGAAAAUAAGAGUCCGACUAAGAGUUCUCAUAUAUCGCCGGAACCUGUCAUUUUCAUGGGAGGAAGCCAAAUUUUUUUGAAUUAUUCUCUCACAAAUUACACAUUGUUAAUUAUAUCGAAAUAUUUCAGAUUAUGCGGAUAUCCUCCAUUUUAUUCACAACACGGUCAACCAAUGUCACCAGGAAUGAAAUCAAAAAUCAAAUCCGGGGAAUAUUCAUUUCCAACUCCCGAAUGGGAUUGUGUUUCUGAAGCGGCAAAAGAUUUGAUUCGCAAAAUGUUGACAAUAAAUCCAUCGGAACGAUAUAAUAUUGAACAAACAAUGGCCCAUAAAUGGAUAUGUCAUUAUAAAAAAGUGCCAAAUACUCCACUUUGCACAAGUUCUGUUUUGGUCGAUCAAAAAGAGCAAUGGAGCGAAAUGCAAGAUGAAAUGGAAAAAACAUUGGCAUCAAUGAGAGUUGGAACCGAUAAUAUACAAAUCAAAAAUCUGACUGAUUCAAAUAAUAAAUUAUUGGCGAAACGACGACAGAAAAAAGAUGAGGAUGAAAUAAUUGAAGAAGAUGAAAAAAUGAGUAGUUAG